AUGAACCAAGAAAUCUACGAAGGACUGCUCUUCGCAAGAACUUUGAUAACCGACACUAAAGAUUUUGAAUCUAGGUUUGAGGAUAUUUUGACUAUGGUAAUACCACCGUGGAUAAUUAAUGCAUAUGGUGACAUAGAAGAAACGAAUGUCAUAAUACAAGAGGAACUGACUGAACUAAGUACAAACGACGAACUUAAGGUUCAGUUUAAAAACGGAUAUCAGCAAUUCUGGCUGCAAAACAACAUACCCGUUACUUAUCACGAGACCAAAGAGAGUCAAGGAGUUAAAAAAAGAAAUAACAGGAGACCAAAGAGAGUCAAAGAGUUAAAGAAAGAAAUAACAGGAGACCAAAGAGACUCAAGAGUUAAAGAAAGAAAUAACAUGAGACCAAAGAAACCCAAAGAGUUGAAGAAAGAAAUAACAGUAGACCAAAGAGACUCAAAGAGUUAA